CCGGAAGUGGAUGUCUCCAGGAGAUUAGUGUGUUUACAUCUCAGGAGUAGCCUCCGCGCACCCGGCGUCACCCCGCCGUCCACAGGAGACCCCUGAGAUUUUCCUUUCCAUUUCCCCGCUGGCUUGAACGCCGUUCUCUGAAUGUAUGUUUUAACUUUCCUGCUGUGGUUGGGAGAGUCGUGAUUCUGGACUUGAGCUGCGGGAUUGUUGUCGCGGAGUCGGCCCAUCAUCAUCCAGUCUGUGGAAGUGGGACAAGCGAACAGAUGGUGCUUUACGGACGCGGGCUGCAGAGCUGCCCACGUCCGUCCAUUUAAACUAUGAACUUCUAAUCAGUGACAUAAACACUUGACCUUUACCACCGUAAAUAAUGUCUGGGUCUCAAGGCUGAGAGAGAACGGAGAAAUAUUUAUCCGCCGAUUAAAUUGUCGGUUUAGUUAAUCCCCGCUGACGCGCGUCUGUGUUGGUGAACAAUGGUGGACAACCGUUACGCCACCGCGCUGGUCAUCGCCUGCGUGCUGAGCUUGCUGGCCACCGUGUACCUCUCCGUGGCCAUUGGGACGCAGCACUGGUACCAGUACAGCAGUCCCACCGUGCGCGGAGAGGCCAACCUGUCCGAGCUGCGGUCCCUCUACGAGGAGUUCAUGGAGGGGGAGUUCGACGAGAAAACCUACAGCGACACUCUGUUCCGUCUGAACGGGACGACGGGCCUUUGGUGGCGGUGUGUGUUCGUUCCCACCACCCCUCUGUGGUACAAGGAACCAGAUCUCAAGAUGGAGCUGCAUUGUCGAAGCUUUACCGUACCGGAGCAGUUCACCCCCAAAUACAAAGAACCGGGGAACCACAACAGUGGGGAGGACAUGAUUCGCACAUACCUGUGGAGGUGUCAGUUUCUGCUGCCUCUGGGGUCCCUGGGUCUGGUGGUUCUGGCCGGCCUCACUGGUGUCCUUGCAUGUCUCUGCCGAAGCCUGGCCCCUACUCUGGGUAUAGGAAUUCUCCAUUUGCUUGCCGGUCUCUGCACUUUAGCCACGGUGUGCUGUUACCUGGCUGGGAUGGACCUGCUCCACAGGGUCUCCGUGCUCCCCGAUAAGGUGGACGGCUCUCUGGGGUGGUCUCUCUAUCUGGCUCUGGUUUCCUCGCCUCUGCACAUGAUGGCGGCGGCGCUGCUUCUGUGGGCGGCGCGCAGCCACAGCCAGAACUACUACCGCAUGACCGCCUACCGUGUGGCGUAGACGACUCACAAACCCAUUAUAACUGAACUUUGACGCCAAGAUGAUUUUUUUUUCCAAGUACAUCUGCAUGUUUUCCAAGUGCACAUAAUCAGAAAGUCCACUACAGUCUUUUUUUUUUUUUAUCUUUAGGUCGUCGUCUUUUUUUUUUUUUUACCAAAAACAAAAAAAAAAAAGCUUGGUAUUGGAGGAACAUUUAUUGAUAUCUAGCAUGUCAGUAAAAAUCCAAAACCAUAAAACAUCCAAAAAGGCUUGAAUGUUGCUCAUCAAUGGGCAUGGCUUUAAAAGAUCUAAAAAGCCUACCGGUAAUUGAGGGAGAUGUUGUGGCUGAAAAAAAACAAUCAAUGACACGUGAAACACGGACUCUGCUACGUCCAGAAGGACAAAAGAAGCUACAACUGCCGAAGAUAAACAGUUUUUUACGAUUGUUGGUGUUUUUUAUUUUUUGUUUGUUAGCAAAAAGCGUCCAUAAAUAACAAACCAAGACAUGUAAGAGUUUGGGGAAAAAAACCAGGUAUCUGAUGUGUCAUGUUAACCAGAAGCACAGAGUUGGAACCCGCCGCCCCCCUUGAGCCUGGAAGCUGAGGGGGUCCAAACCGCUUUCAAACCGAAACCUUUCACAAAGUAAAAUCACAAAACGGUACCAACUCCCGUCGUCUUUGUUCCAGGUCAGUCCUGAGUCUUUAAACACCCUCAAUCCGAUGCUCUUCUUUAAACUUCUCUGUUUUCGUCGUCUGCGCUGCAUUUCGUUUGUGCGAUCUGUUUAAAAAAGCCUUUUUUGUUGUUUUUCCUGAAAUGUUAUCACACUCAUUUCCUGAAAUGGUGGAAUGCUUCAAUCACUCAAGACGCACACUGAAUAUUCCUGUCUAGUCUUUUUAUUUCGUUUGUCCAGCUUGGCUGCAAUAUGAUCGAUGUACAUGACAAAACACAACAAACAGUGUUCCAAUAGUUUACAGCAGUCAUGCAGCAAAGGAAAUGUGCGACUGGUGUGUGACGAAUGACUGCAGGCUGCAGGUUUGUUUUGGUUUUUAUUUCGGAUGUCACCCAAAGAUCCAUGUGAGUUUGAUGGAUUUCUCCUAUUGUGGGACCUAAAAAAAAAAAAAAAACAGCAGCUGUCUGUAAUGCACAAAGGUGCGGGACACAGCCGAGGAUUGUGGGAGCCCAAAAACGCGUCAUCUGUCAUUUCAGCCGCUUUCAGAGCAGCUUUAAGGCGACUGUUGUUACUUUUUGUUCCGUAAAGGUCACAUUUCUGUUUCCCUUUUUUUGUACUGAAUUGACAUGUCGUUUAUCUUUUCAGUGAUUUUGAGUUAUUGGUGUAUUUUUCAUGUAAGUUCUGUUACGUUUUUUUAGUACAACUAAAGAUAAAGGAUGAUUUAGUCCACAUAGUUGUGUUCACAUUUUGUUUACCUCAUACUUGUUCUUGUGAACUUGUUUUUAACAGUGUUUUUGUCAUUCGGAUUACAUUUUUUGUUGCCACCGUAGCGAAAAAAAACAAUCAAUUUGCUUCCUUGGCAUUAUGAAUGUAAUUUAAAGGCCAUAUUAUGAUAAGCUACCCCCUCCCCUUUUGCACAUGCCCCAAAUGUUGCUAUGGUAACUGGUAGUAAAAGUAUUUUUUUGAUGUAAUUAAGGUUCCACGGUCCUUUCUAAAACAUGUUUUGAAAUAUUUGUGAAUGCAUUUAAAAGCACAAGAAGCGUCUCACUCCUCUGUAUCCUGUGAUGUUUGUGACUCCUCCGUGUAAACUUUGUGUCGUAAACUUUUAAAGGGUGCGUUAGAAUAAAAAAAUGUUUCCUUUU